CGGGCCCUGGACUAACUUUCAGCCCCGCUCUGCUUGAGUGCCCGCCCUGCAGGCGGAACGCUGACCAUGGCCAUGACUUUGGGUUACUGGGACAUCCGAGGGCUGGCUCACGCCAUCCGCCUGCUCCUGGAGUACACAGACUCCACCUACGAGGAGAAGAAGUACACGAUGGGGGACGCUCCCGACUAUGACAGAAGCCAGUGGCUGAGUGAAAAAUUCAAGCUGGGCCUGGACUUCCCCAAUCUGCCCUACUUGAUUGACGGGGCUCACAGGCUCACCCAGAGCAACGCCAUCCUUCGCUACCUUGCGCGCAAGCACAACCUCUGUGGGGAGACGGAAGAGGAGAAGAUCCGCGUGGACAUGUUGGAGAACGAGGCAAUGGACACGGCCAAUCAGCUGGCAAGGGUCUGCUACAGCCCUGACUUUGAGAAACAGAAGCCCGAGUUCCUGAAGGUGCUCCCUGAAAAGUUGAAGCUCUUCUCACAGUUCCUGGGGAAGAAGUCUUGGUUUGCAGGGGACAAGCUCACCUACGUGGACUUCCUGGCCUACGACGUUCUAGACCUGCACCGCAUCUUUGAGCCCACGUGCCUGGAUGCGUUCCCGAACCUGAGAGACUUCAUCGCCCGCAUAGAGGGCCUGGAGAAGAUCGCUGCCUACAUGAAGUCCAGCCGCUUCCUCCCAGCACCUAUUUACACAAAGAUCGCCGUGUGGGGCAACAAAUAGUGCCCAGAAGUGCAGGGCAGGGCAUGGGCGCGAGCUGCACCCCGGGCCUGGAGAGCAGCUGGUCCUCCCCGAACCCCGGGAACCAGCUGUCUUGUUCUUUUCUCCCUUUCUUCCCUUCACCCCCACUCAGGACCCCCAAUCCCAGUUCACCAGGACUGUAGAGCUCUUCAGCACCCCUUGUUCCGUGAAGGCUCCCCCUGUCAUUGUCCUUCCUGCACAAAGCCAAUCGGACUGACCGUCCUUUCGGUGAUUGCUCUGUUUUGAGGAGCCCGACUGGACCCCUGGCCUGUGGAGCUCAGCCCUGAGCCCCCACCUCUGCUCUGCAGACCAGGAGUGCCCGGUGAGCAGCCCUGCUCCCCGCGUGGCCCCUGCCCAGCUGCCUGAGCCCCAGUGAAGCCUGAUCACACCCGCUGUGUCCUGUCUUCUUCCCUCCUGGCCACCGAGCUCACUCUCCAGCAGGCCCUGCUGCACCCCGGGUCUGCAUGGGAAGCUGGCAGUGGCGGGUCCUCGGGGAUCCUGGGUGAGACGCCUUGUUCCCAUUUCUGACGCCUUUGGAGCAGGACACGCCAUGGGGCUCUAGGACCUAUUCCUGUGGAGGUGGUACUACAGGCCACAGAUCACAGAGGGACUUCACAAGCCGCCUGGGCCACUCAUACCCCAAAGCACACGUGUGUCAGGAUCCAGGGUUGGGGCUGGAACCCCUGGGCCUGGACAGCUGAGGGUCCUGCGGGGAGUCCCCAGGCUCCUGACGGAGCUCCCCACCCCCGCUUCUGAUGGCCUCUGCGGCAGCACAGGCGGCUGGUCCCUCAGAGGCCACCCCUCCCCGCUGCACUCCCGCCCCGGCACUCCCUCACACGCCCCAUGUGACCACCGUGCUCCGGGUUCUGCUCCGGUCAGCAUCCAGCAUCGGGGACACCUAGCCGGCCGGCAGGACAUUUCUGGGGCUGCGCUCAAAACCCUGCCUCUGUAGGGGCUGGUUCUGGAUUUUAAUCAACAAUUGCAACCAUAAAGCCAAUUGAUUAAUUUUCA